GCUACUCUGUGCCCCCCCUCCCUUUUGUUCUUUUUCUCUUUCGGCAUCCCCCCAUCCCCCACUACCCCUCUCUCUCUCUCUCUCCCUCCAUCUCCCACUCUCACCAUGAGUGUGUGUAUGUGUGUGUGAAUGCUUCUGCGUUUUCAUACCGCCUGCAAAAAAGCCCCCAAAUCGCUGGAGCAAAGGGGAAGACGAGCCGGAGGAGAAAAGGCAGAGAAAGGCCAGAGUAAAAGAAGGCGUUCAUAACGGACUAAUACACGGAAAUCUGCCUGUAUACAUUUCAGAUCGAUUUGCAUAUCCAUCCCUCCUUCAUUUGCCUUUGCUUCAGUGAGAAUGGCAGGCGGACCCCCCUCUGACAAAUACACUUUUCUCUACCCGACAGACAGCAGCUUAAAGAGUAAGAGCAGAGUAUCCAGUAUGAACCCUGUGUACAGUCCAGUGCAGCCAGGGACUCCGUACGGAAACCCCAAAACCAUGGCCUACACAGGUUACCCAGCAGGCUAUCCUACUGCAGCGCCUGCCUACACACCAAGUCUCUAUCAGACAGGCAGUCCAGGGUACCCUCCAGGCUAUACCGCAGGGACUCCGUAUAAAGUUCCCCCGUCUCAGUCCAAUGGUGCUCCUCCACCAUAUUCCCCCUCUCCGAACACGUACCCCUCAGCCAUGUACCCCAUCCGCAGUGCCUACCCCCAACAGAACCUCUACACUCAGGGAGCCUACUACACCCAGCCUGUGUAUGCUGCACAGCCCCAUGUUAUCCAUCACACCACGGUGGUGCAGCCCAACAGCAUUCCUUCUGCCCUGUACCCUGCCCCAGUGCCCCCUGUGACCCCCCGGCCCAGUGCACUUACCAUGGGCAUGGUGGCAGGAACCACGAUGGCCAUGUCUGCAGGAACGCUGUUGACCACACCCCAGCACACUCCCAUCGGACCACACCCUGUUACGGUGCCAACGUAUCGUCCGCAAGGAACACCUGGUUACAGCUAUGUGCCACCUCAUUGGUAGAGCCCACCUGUCAAUCAUAUCUGGAGUUAAACGUCGUAUGCAAAAUCCUCAAGUGUUACACGGGCUCUCUGUGAUCAGCAGUCGCGUCUGCCGAAACAGAAGAAAAUAAAAAGGUCACUUUAUGCAUUCUUACGUCUUUUUGUAAAAGCUGCUUUUUAUUUUUUUUUAUUUAAUUUUUUUCCCUCCAUAUUGUUCUAAUUUAAUUUCCUCUUGUUUUAGUCUUACUAUUCCUGACCUAUGUUGUUGCAUAAGUUUUUUUUUUUUUUUAUUAUUAUUUUUUUAUUUUUUAUCAUAAUUAUUAACAAUCAACUCCUGCAGAAACUCCAGAAUGAUUUUGACCAAUUACGACUUUGAAACAAUGUGUGUUUUCUUUUUGUUUUGUUUUUUUUUUUGUUUUUGUUUGUUUGCUUUUUUUAAUAUUGUUGUUGUUCUUGUUCAUAUUGUUCUAUUUUUCCCCUGUUAAGUGGGAAUGUACAUUGCACCAUGCUCAUCAUCAUGUCUGUCAUGCCAAAUAUUAUACAAUUUAGUAACAGUAGUGCAGGGUUUUUCCUUUACAUUUGUGUAGAUUUGUCAUUUUCAGAUUCCCUUAUCAGAAGGGCUGAGACGGGUUUCUGCAUUUCGGUUUUGAUUUCGCACCAAUUCCUUCUGUUCAUCUUCUAGCGUUGACAACAAGGGUGUCUUCCAGCUUGUAGCAGUUUAUUAGGUACAUUUGUAAUAAGUUUAGCAGUGCAUAGGGCAGCUCGACAUGGUUCAAACUUCAUUAGGAUGUCGAGCGCUUACACUAAUCUCAGUUAUUCACUUAGUAGAGGACUCCGGUUACUUUAUUUAUUGAAUCAUCUGGAUAGAGUAAGCUUCUAAAUCAUGACAUGCAUAUUAUAAUUCUAUAGAUGCAUGUGAUGUGCAGAUAUGUGCUAUUGCAAAGGUUUGCAGUUGCACAUACACGCUGAAACACCUGCCAACACACAGUCUCAGUGGAGGCAAGUAAUGUUUAAAUGGCACUUAGGCUGAAGGAUCAGGGUCAGUUUUCAUCGUAAUGUUAAAUACGUGACAGAGGACGUUCGGGAUCGACAGGGUCCUGAUUUCAUUCAAUUUAGGAGCUCUAAAUUAUAGUGAAGCAUAAGUAUGAAACACACUGACAAACCAAAUAUGGAACAGCAAAUCAGCAAACAUUAGCAUCAAUUUUAAGAAAGGUAUUUAUUGUACACACACACAUGCACAUUGCUGGUCGGCUAUAGGACACAUCAUUAUGGAUAAGAUUAAUAUCGUAAGAUUUUUUCCAGUAAGAAGAAACAUCAGACUAAACAUUUUACUGAUGCUUUAAUUUAUAUAUAUUUUUUCCGAAUGUACUCAUACUCAUAUGAAAUGUUAAAAUGAGUAUUUUGCAAAAAAAAUUAAAUAUUAAAGAAACCUUAGUUGUUCAAUCAAAAGAAUUACUUCUUGCUACAGUAACUUGCAUAAUUUUGCAUUAAAUAUCAUAACUAAGAUAACAGAAUAAAUGAUUUUUUUUCCUUCCCAUAGUCAUACUUGCAGUAAUUAUCUCCCCCUCCUGGUUUUAUCUGGUGUUUGUGUUUCUGAAUUUGUUGUUGCGUUUUUGGUUUGUCGGUGUGUUUCGCAUUUAGCAAAGGGAUUUAAAGGGAUUUUAUCAUGCAUUAUUCUGCAUUUAGAACAAAACAGUAAUGAUGGCACAAAGUAGAAGAACAACUCUGUGUUCACUUUAAAAAGUGACAAAUUAUUGCUCCAGUUUUUCGCUUGCUGGCAUGCACGCUACGUUUUUUUCAGUGUUCCAGUAGAAAGUGGUUUUUAUAGGUUACUGCAAACCUGAUACCCAGUUACCUUUAAAAAUGCAUUGAUAUGUUAUUUCUUUUGGUUUAAAUUGUACUCAUUUAACAAAUUGUUCAUAUCAAGCAUUGACUAUCCAACAUUGCAGACAGUUUAGGGAAAUCUUGAUGUGAUUGUAACUGUGCCAUAAUCAGAUGCUUUGUAUACGGGAUGUAGACCAAUGGGCAGAUCUUUAGGUCUGAGAGAUGGGUAUGUCUUUUAGCUCAUACAAAUACUUGUUUCUGUGUUUUUGAGAAACUCAAAUGUAUAAUCAUAAAUCUCAGACGUUGUUGCUAACUAGCAUUUGCAUUGAAUGAUAUUAAUAUUUAUAAAUAUAACCUUUUAAAUCCUGUCAGGUUAGCUCAUGUUUCAAGAGUAUGAACCUUUAUAAAUCUGACUCAGUCUAAUUUAUCAGAUGUUAUCUGAGAGGAUUUGAUGAUGGCUAGCUGGAUAACAAAGCCUUUGAUAAUGUAUGAGCAUAUAUGACUGCCAAUGAAAGUUGGAAGAUCUUAUAUAGACUCAAUAACACACACACUUUAUUUACAGCUUUCAAGCAAAGUUAAACUAGAGCUAAUAAUUCAGACAUUCCGACCUCUGACUAGGAAAAAACAAACAAUAUUACUCAUCCGCAUGGCUCUGCAUACUCUCCAAUGUACUGCUUUUAAAUAUAAUUUAAGUAGUAUUUGCUUUAGAUGAGUCGACAUACAGACAUAACUCUGUAUGCUGUUUUGAGAAGGUAAAUACAUCAUGAACAUUGAAGUUAAUAACUGGCUUGGACAGAGCAAACAAAAUAUGAUUUUUCCUCUACCUUGUAGCUCGACUGUGCAAAGGUCAAAAAUGACAUAAUUCCUACUUCAGAGUUAACAGAAAUGCAGCAGCAUUCAAAGUCAAUUCUAUUUUCAUAUCUGGUCUCAAGGACAUGUCCAUGUUUUCAUAUAUGGCUUUCAGGUCAUGCCCACUCAGUGUAUAUUCAGUGUACAUUUCCCUAUAUAAGCCCACCACAUGUCCAUAUGUGGACUCAAAGGUGCACCUUCCGUCGUGCAGACAUUCCGUGUUGACACUGAGGUUGUGUGCUGCCACAGGAAGUCACGUUGUCCCUUCCUAGUGUUAAUGUAGGAUAAGAACAAGUAGAGCAGAAAAAGGCAUAAAGGUGACCAGUUGAGAAAUCCCUCUCGUCCUCUGUGAACAUUUGGGCCCUGAGGCCUCGCUGCACGGAUUUGAGAAGUACUUGUUAAAUGCAAUAAUUAAAAACUGCCUUGGCAUAUAACAACAUUGAAAGAGAGAAUGUUGUGAAUCCUAAUCCCUUGUAAUCUAUGAACGCACUUCAGUACAUAUCAAUUACUUUAUAAAAUAAUAUCAGCAUAUUGACACAUAGAUACAUAAUAAUCAAAUAUACGGUACACUCUAUUUAAUGAUCUACUAAAAGAAGACAAGUAUAUAUUACAGUACCCAUUAGGUUUGAUUAGGAAUGUGCCGAUAUUCAGUUUUUCAAUGACGAUCAUUUAGGGCAGCCUUUAUAAAUAUUACCAUGAAAUUGUGUAUUAAAAAAACAAUCUUUCACUUUGGCUAGCAUGAAUUUUUUAUUUUUGUAGCACAGAAGGAGUGUAAUUGAAGGAAACUGAUGGCUGAUAUGGGGAGCACACAUGCUCUUAAAUGGAAAAAACAGGGUUACUGAUGCUAUCCUGAAAUACAUUUUAAAGAAUUCUGCUGCAGUCUGUUCUAAAGGCAUCUCCCACAGGAGCCACAAUUUUUUUUAAAGGAUCUGUCUUGUCUGGUUGCACUUUAAGGACAAACAACCUCAAACAGCAGCAGCAAAUAAAAUCUUUCUUGUAACUAAGGCUAAAUUGCAUGUCAAUUAAACUGCACAUGGUAACUGCAUAAGUCAUGAGAUCACAGUAGAUUAGUGAACUGAUUUUGAACAGAAGGAUUUCUGACCAUCAACAAACAGAUAUACAAGCACAGAAAUGAAAAUUUGUAAACUUACUCCGCAGAAAAGACAGCAAGCUGCAACUCUCAUGGAAAUCUGUUCCAGUGUAUGGAAUUAUGGGAUUGCCCACACCAAGAAAGGUAUAUGCAGUGUUGCCCUCAAAAAUUCCAAGAAUAAGACCGGCUUCUUGUUGGGAGUAUGCAAAUGCUUAUCAUAUUAUUGACUAUCGGCACAUCCCUAGUCAUGAAAGUAAUAUUAUUCUCAAUAAACACAUUUAUCAUUUAGGCUACUCUACCACUACUUGAAAUAUUUUAAUCUGAAUAGAAGACUCACAGAGAUUUUAUGAAACGUAAAGACACUCAGAUAUCAAGGUCAGUUUUUAGCAAAGCUUUUGAGAAACAUUCCUUUAUCCAAAAGGAGAGAGUGAGAGGAAGAAAACUUGCACAAGAUUACAACCAAACUACUUUCCACUUUUUUUAUAUACGUUUGUGGCAGCAUAGGACAAAAAUUCUUCAAAAUUUUUUCGGAAUACAGUUUUGUUGUUCUUUUGACUGUAUCCCAAUCACAGCCUACCAUCUGCCAUGUCAAAUCUAUACACUUGCAAAAAUGUAAAAGUAAAAAAAAAAAUAGUUGUGAAUUAAAGCAUAUAAACAUUCCAUAAUAGAGGAUAUGCAGUGCAUGUUAACAGUUGUCGGUGUUAAGCAUCUGGUUCAGACUGAGGUUACAAGGAAGCAAAUUCAGGAUAUAAAUGUCAUGUAUAGGGAUGUAUGUGGAGUAUCCAAAUGCCCAAGUAUUAAGCAUUUAUGUGUUUUCAUUCAUUGAUGAAGUACAUCGUGCCUUGCAUAAGUAUUUAACCCCCUAGAAUUUUACCACCUUUUGCAGUGCAAUCGGACCAAAUGGACCAAAUUGAGGAUUUACACAAUAUGUCUAAAUUUUGAAGAUAGAAAAUCUGUUUUAAUUGUGUUUAAAAAGUUAGUUAAACAAAAAUGCAGCUACUAGUUGCUUGUAUAAGUAUUCUUCCUUGGGUCAGAACUUGGCAGAACCACCUUUGGUUUCAAAUAAAGUUCUCUGGGAUUGGAGCUCGGCUUUUCCCAUCUGGAUUCUGAUAUCCCUGUCCUGUUCUUUUAGGUAAAAUUGUGUAACCUCUGUCAGAUUGGAUGGGAGAUUGAUGUUAACGAAAAGUAAGUUUUAUGUCUUGUGAUCAGUUUGAGGUCUGGGCUUUGACUAGGCCAUUCUAACAAAUUCUCACAAAAGUUCUUAGUAUUCUAUUGCUCAAUAGAUUUUAGUUCAUUGUCCUGUUUGGACUGCCACUGCCCUAGUCUCAAGUCUCUUGCAGACUAAACACAUCGUUUUAUCAGAUUGAAGUUGGCUUCAUCCAUGUUGCCGUCAACCCUGACCCAGUUUUCCCUUCUUUGGUUUCAUGGGCUGUUUUGUGUAGAUGGCAUUUAAUCCUAAUAAAUUCUUAUGCAAGGUAAUGUAUUACAUGCAUAACCACUGUGUUUGUAUAAAAAUUAAUUCAUCCAAUGAGAUUUCCAAUCAUUCUACCCAUAAACACCAGAGUGGUUGUAGCUUUCAGAUCAUUACUUCCUCUGUAUUACAUCUGUCAAUCACACAAACCCAUGUGUCACUACAGACAGGAAAAACGAUUAAUUGUAGUGGCAACUGAUACUCGAUCCAGCUAGCAGGAUUUUAUCCAGCUAUCCAUUUUUUCUGGUAUCUUAGGUUGUCAGAUUGUCUGUUUAUACUAGUGUGAUUGUACAAACAGUUGCUGAAUGAGCCUCGCUAAGCUACAGGCAGAUAAACUACAGGCAGAUGCUAAUGCUACUAACACGAACUGACUUAAGUUUAGAUGGUAACUAAGCAAAAGGCAUUUGGUAAGGAAUAUUUGCAUAUAAUUUAAGCAAAGUGUUUGGUAAGGUAUAGAAAAAAAACUUUUUUUGUCAUUGUUUGGCUGUUUGUCAUUGAACAAGUUUUCUUAUAACAUAUGUAAUCCUAGUAUUAAGUACUUUAUAUGUACAGUGCCCUCCAGAAUUAUUGGCACCCCAGACUUACACAACACAAAAUUGGCAUGCAUUUAUUUAAACCUAUUUAACACAUUUUAUUCAUUGGUGUAAUUUCUUCUGCAAAAUGUUUUCAAAAAUAUUGGCACCUUUCUAAUUCAUUCUUCGUGAUUUCGCACUGAGCCUCUUCCUGUAAUAUCUUAAAAAGGUUGGAGACGCUUAGUAAUAGAGGCAUAAUAAAGUUGUUGUUGUUUUUUCAUUUUCAUUUAUUUCGAAUAUUUCUCAGGGGUGUCACUAAUUUUGGUACAAAUAUUCUUCAGAGAAAAUGCUAUUAUUUUAGUUUUAAUGAAUGAUUUUGCUAGAACCAAGAUACAAAGUUUCUCCUACUGUUUGAGUGGAAAUUUUUUACAUUUUGUGUGUAAUAUUUUGGUCUUAUUUUUUAAAGCUAGUAUGUCUGGAGGGCAUUGUAAAUAUUUCAAAAAGACCUUGGUCUUUCCUUCUGUCACUUUCUCCUUUUCAAUAUUAAAGUCUGUUAACCCUUCUAGUCUUAAUAACAGUAUUAUGGCAGGCAGUGAAAUAUUGAUAUCAGAACAAAUCAGAUUUGUAAUGCAAGACUUAAUGCAAUCAAUGCAAUUUAAAGUUAUUAAUCAGUUCACUGGUUGAGGUCGCUCCUGAGAUGGAAGUCGAACCUCUUGCAUCGAAAAUGUAGGAUUUAGAAGUGUUUUUGUUGAUAUUUUUACACUAAUGAAAGUUGGUUAGAUUUGAAAGUAAAUGAGUCCACACUUACCUGUAAUUAUUGCGCUUUUUACCAUAAGUGUUAUUUAAGUUUUUAUUAAUGAUUGAUGUUCCUUUUAUUCUUAAGUAGAUGAUCAGGAGUGUGGUGCCUAACCGUGUGAGGGACAUUUCAGAGCACAGGCCUGUAAACAGUCUCAUCCUCUCAUUUAUUCUGUUGCUUUGCUGUCUUUAUAUUUGCUGGCUUCAAGAAAAAUUGUGCUACUCUUAAAUUAUCAGAUACCAGAACAUAAAAGGGUCUGUUUCUAAUUAAACAUAGUUUGUAAGUAAAAAAAAAAAAUUGCUUUCUUCAUACUAUACUAAAAUGUCCAAAUCUUAUAGUUAUGGCUUGGACAUUAUAGCAUGUGUAAAAUUAAAGUACAUCAAUUGUUUCAUGCUUUCUCUUACUAGAAUAGAAUAGAAUCAUAGGAUUCACUAAAAAAAAGACUCACAUAAUGCAUCUUUUUUUUUUUUUUUUUUUUUUUUUUUUUUUUUUACAAAGCAAGAAGAAAAA